AUGGCAUCACAAAUAUCAAUGGGUACAAUUGAGAAGCUAAUUGGAAGAGAAAAUUACCAAAGUUGGAAGUUUGCCGUGGAAAACUACCUCGAACAUGAAGAAUUGUGGCAGGAGAUUGAAUCUGACCCAGGCUAUGUAUCUGAUAGCAAGAAAAAUACGAAAGCAAAAUCGAAAAUAAUACUGUUGGUAGACCCGGUUAAUUACGUCCAUGUUCAAGAGGCUACAACAGCGAAACAGGUUUGGACCAAACUUGAAAAAGUGUUUGAUGACUCAGGGCUUAGUAGAAAAGUAGGUUUAUUGAGAGAUUUGAUCACCACUGACUUGGACAAUUGCUCGAGUGUCGAGGAAUAUGUCAAUAAGUUGCUGCUGCAUUGGAUGGAAGUUGCUGGUAUGUUGAUUCCGGAGCAUCAUUGCAUAUGUGCAAUAACAAGAAUUGGAUGUAUGAUGUAUCCCCAUCAACUAUCAACAAUAUUAAGGUUGCAGACAAUAAAACAGUAGCAGUAAAAGGCAGUGGCAAGGUGGAUUUUCAGAUUAGAGACUCAGAUGGCAUAAUACGGACAAUACAGGUCAGAGAUGUUUUAUAUAUACCCACACUAACAGUUAAUUUACUUUCUGUAAGUCAAAUGGUGAAUAAUGGCUGUGAAGUGAAA